AUGAGUACAACCGCAAAAAACUAUAAUGGUUAUAAUUCAUUUUUGGAUAAAUAUCGAACAAAUUUAAAUACAAAAGGAAAUAGUAAUUCUGGACAACAGUCCGGUUACAAUAGUCAACGACCGCAUUAUGUAUCAACCCAACAGCAAUCACCGCAAUAUGGCUCUAACGGAUAUGAUACAUCAACGUUGAGAGCUUCUGGCAAUGUAAUAAACGAUGAACGUUUUGGAAAUGAAAUAUUGGCACGUGCUGGACCAAGCUCACAGUAUCAACAUCCAGAAUAUCGUACGCAUGAAGUUAUUGCCCCAGAAGGUCGAAUAGAAAAUCUUGAUGUUCAACAUGAUCAGGAUCCACUGCGUGUUGUUAAACCUGGUUCACAAGAUGUUCAUUAUAAACAACAUGUUAAUGUUCGAUUUUUGGAACCACCACUACCAGCAGACCCAGCUCCGAUUAUCAUUAAAGAAAGACAAGCACCGGCUCCCCCACCACAGCCUCCAAUUGUUGUUCGCCAACGACCACCAACUCCACGUACUCCUCCACCUCUAAUUAUUCGGGGUAUACCACCGACUCCACCACCACAACAACAACCUCAGAUCAUUGAAAAGAUUAUUCCUGCGCCUCCACCUCCACCGCGUCAAGUAAUUGUCGAGCGUCUACCGCCACCACCGCCAAAACCUCGACAGGUUAUUUAUGAAAAAUGGUUACCAUAUCAGGAGACAAAAGAACGUCCGGUUAUUGUUGAAAAAGCUCAGCCAUGCGAAAUAUUGAGACCACCAAAAAAUGUUAUCAUCGAAUAUGAGCGUCCAAGAGCACAUCAUGAACAAAUUAUAACUGAUGAGGGAGUAUUUCGCGCUGAUCCAGCCACGCAUCAUGCAACAUCUACCGUUGGUGAGGUACGUGUUGUCGAUAAAAUAACGGAUUUACCGAUAAAUUAUUCGAAAUAUUUGACAAAUCGUUCACGUCCACCAUCAGCACCAUCGCGAUCAACAUCCAGUCCAAACUUAGCACAAUCACAUCAAAUACAACAAAUUCAACCACAAUUCAAUCAAACAGAGCCUGGAUCACAAUAUCGAACGACAACGUACAAUUAUCCAGGUGCCUAUACAACAACAUAUCGUAGUUCAUACACUUAUAAUAAUCCAAAUCGAAAUUUCAUGUCGGAACAACGUGGUGGUGGUAAUGAUGGCAGUCGAUCAGCAGCAUACUCAAAAUAUGUUUAA